UUAUUCGUACCACGGGGCAUAAUGAUAGAUGAUUGCCAUCGAAAAAUUGUUGUAGUGUGUACACAUUUUUUUAGUUCAUAAAGUCAAUUGCAAUUUGUUAAGGUUUUUCGAUUUAUACCGCAAGAACUUUGCUACCGAUUGAGUGUACGUUUACAAGUUUGCACAAAUUCACUGCCAAAAUGGUGCUGUUGGCUUCAGCCGUAUGCACAAAAACAGGAAAAACCAUUGUCUCUCGACAGUUUGUUGAAAUGACUAAAGCGCGAAUUGAGGGUCUACUGGCUGCUUUUCCUAAGCUGAUGUCGACAGAAAAACGUCAUAUUCAACAUACAUUUGUUGAGACAGAUUCUGUACGAUAUGUAUACCAGCCAUUGGAAAAACUCUACAUGUUAUUGAUUACUACAAAGACCAGUAACAUAUUAGAAGAUUUGGAAACAUUAAGAUUGUUUUCAAAAGUAGUCCUGGAUUGUUGCAAGUUAGUCGAUGAGAGUGAAGUAUCAAAAAAAUCUUUUGAUUUAAUAUUUGCUUUUGAUGAAAUUGUAGCCCUUGGAUAUAGAGAGAGUGUUAAUUUAGCGCAAGUAAGAACCUUUGUUGAAAUGGAUUCUCACGAAGAAAAAAUGUACCAAGCAGUACGUCAAUCGCAAGAGCGUGAUGCUAAGGUUAAAAUGCGUGAAAAGGCGAAAGAAUUACAACGUCAGAGAAUUGAUGCUGUCAAAAAGGGUGUUCGUAUGCCACAAUCAUCAAGCUCUUACAUGUCAAUGACACCAGUUGCAGACUCAAUUUAUGAAAUAAAAGUAUCCAAGCCAGAAACACCAAAAUACACAUCAAGCAAUAAAGCUUUAAAAUUAGGAGCAAAAUCUAAAGAUGUUGAUUUGUUUGUUGACCAAUUGAAAUCUGAAGGUGAAAAAGUUGUUAGUAACAACAAGACAUCAACUAUUUCAUCAUUUACAUCAACUUCUUCAACUGUUCAAAAAGACAUUCAUAUUAAAAAAGAAGAACGUUUAAUUGCCAUUGUUGGUCGUGAUGGAGGUGUUCGCAAUUUUGAAUUACAUGGAUUGAUUUCUUUAAGAAUUUCAAAUGAAAUGUAUCAAAAAAUUGUUUUACAGUUUAAUUUUGAAUCUGGAAAUAUUCCAUUGCAGACACAUCCUAAUAUUGAUAAGGAACUUUUUAAGACUAACCGAUUAAUUGGUUUAAAAAAUCCAACAAAGCCAUUUCCAUUAGAUUCUGAAGUAGGGUUAUUAAAGUGGACUCUUCAGUCCCAAGAAGAAUCAGCUAUACCGCUUUCAAUUAAUUGCUGGCCUAGUGAAAAUGGUUAUGGUGGUUGUGAUGUAAAUAUUGAAUAUAACUUGGAACAUGCUGACCUCGAGUUGAAUAAUGUUACUGUCACAGUACCGUUGCCAUUUGGUAAUGCUCCAGUUAUUCAGGAGUGCAGUGGAGUUUAUAGUUAUGAACCUAAAAAGAAUGUUUUAAUAUGGUCAGUGGCUGUAGUUGAUUCGUCUAACCCUACAGGAUCUAUUGAAUUUGAAGCACCCAAAUCGAUUGCCUCUGAUUUCUUCCCAAUUAAAGUUGAUUUUAUGUCGAAGUCAUCUUACAACAAAAUUAAGCCAAUGGAAAUUAGACUUGUUGAUGAUAGCACACCUGUAAAAUUUACAUCUGAGACAUCAUUAUACACAGGAAAUUACGAAAUUGUUUGAACAUUAAGAAUUUAUUUUUUUUUGAACACUUAUUAGUUAUUUUAUUAUUAUUAAAAAUUCUUA